CAGCGCGGCCGAAGUGGGAUUUUUGCGAGAAGCGGAGAAUUUGGCUCGGCAAAGCCAAAGACUGACUGCGCAAUAAAUAAACGCCUCUUAGGUUUUGCAUUUCCACCGAUCAAUCUCUCUCCCUACCUCGUCCCCGUCACACAGUAGCUCAACACUUCUCUGUGUGGCUCAGCUCAACCCUAGAGUUCUUGCUGGGUUAGCUUUUGCUUCUGCGGAAAGAAAAAGAGGCAAAGAUGAAGAAUCCAUUGGUCUUUAUGGAUGUAUCUAUUGAUGGAGACCCAUUUGAAAGAAUGGUAUUUGAGCUUUUCUUCGAUAUUGCUCCAAAGACGGCGGAAAAUUUCCGCGCUCUUUGCACAGGAGAAAAAGGAGUUGGGCCUAAAACUGGGAAAUCUUUACACUACAAGGGUUCUUUCUUCCAUAGUGUUAUAAAAGGAUCCAUGGCUCAGGUUUGUUUUUGUUCUGAUAUUGCAGGCUCUGAUGGAGAAAGCAUUUAUGGUGGAAAAUUCCCUGAUGAGUCUCCAAAGCUGAAGCAUGACGAGCCAGGCCUUCUAUCCAUGCCAAUAGCUGAUCGUGAUACCUUAGGUUCUCAGUUCAUUAUCACAUUCAGGGCUAAUCAUAGCCUGGACAGGAAAUACUUGGUGUUUGGGAAACUCGUGCAAGGAUUUGACGUUCUCAAGAAAAUUGAAAGUGUAGGCGACCAAGAAGGGAAACCCACAGUGACGGUCAAAGUUAUCAAUUGUGGUGAACUAGAUGAUGCUAAUAGUAUGGAAACAAAGAAGAAGGGGAAGCACAAAAGGUCUUCAAAGAACAGAAAGAAGAAGAGAAGAAGACAGUAUUCAUCGGAUUCUGAGAGUUCAUCAGAUUCCGAGAUGGAGUCGUCCGAGUCUGACAGUGAUUCUGACUCAUCUAUGUCCUCAUCUGAGCUUAGUUCAUCCAGUGAUGAUAGACGCAAGAAGAGGAAGAGAUCUUCCAAAAAAGAUAGACAUAGACGUGGGAAGAAAAGAGAUAAACAACGUGAGAGAAGACGGAAGAGACAUGAAAAGAAGUCUAAACGUAGAUCAAGAAGGGAUUCAAAUAGCUUGUCAGAAGAUAAAGGUGGAAGCGGGAGCGAUAGUAGCACUGGUGAUGAAAGCUUUGAUAUGCAAGGAAAAGAACGAAAGCGUAAAGAACGGGGGCACAAAACUGCUGCAGGUCAGUUUUCUGAUGUAUUAGAGGGAGAUGGUGAUGCUGCUUCCCUUUCACGUAAAAGAGAUCAUGGUAUGCUUAGCAAGGAAAAUGGUGAAUCUCCCAAGCAAAAUGGAGACAGGCAGGGCAGAGCUGUUGUUGUGGACGCAAGAUCUGGCAGAAGCGAGGACGGUCAACCUGAUGUGGUAGAUGAUCACCCUGGAAAAUCUAGGAGCCGAAGCAUGAGUCCCAAGAGGGCCAUGAGUAAGAGUAUGAGUAUUAGUCCAAGGCGAACUAUUAGCAGCAGGAGCCCAAGCAUUAGUCCUAACAAGAGGAUUAUGAGCAGGAGCUGCAGUGCUAGCAGAAGCCCCCCUCCAAGGAGUGCCAGCAGAAGUCCUGCUAGAAGUGGGAGUGGUAGCAGAAGUCCAGUGAAAAGUGUUUGCAGGAGCAUAAGCAAGAGCCCGGCUAGAAGUGUGAGUAGGAGUCCGUCAGGAAGAGCUGCUGGAAGCACUAGCAAGAGCCCAGCUAGAAGCACGAGUAGGAGUCCGUUAGGAAAAGCUGCUAGAAGCAUUAGCAAGAGCCCAGCUAGAAGCAUCAGCAGGAGCCCAGUCAGGAGCAGAAGAGGUAGAAGCAUAAGCAAGAGUCCCGUGAGACCUCGGUCCCGAAGAAGCAUCAGCCGGAGCCCAGUUAGGCCCAGGUCACGAAGAGGUAUCAGCAGAAGUCCUGGGAGAUCUCGGUCCAGAAGGAGCAACAGCCUAAGCCCUGUGAGAACGAUUCGAAAGUCUAUUAGUAGAAGUCCUGCUAGAAUUUCUAGGAGGAGCAUUAGUAGAAGUCCUAUUAUUUCUUCUAGGAGAAGCAUCAGUAGGAGCUCUGGAGGACCUCCUUCAAGGAGAAGAAGCAGCAGCAGAAGUCCAAGGAGGGCACCAAUUAGGAGUCGUCGAAGAAGUUAUUCAAGGAGCCGUAGCCCUGUAAGGAGGGUUAGAUCUCCUGAUCGCGGAGGUUCUUCCAGAAGUGUAUCUCCAGGUGGGUCCCCCAAGCGCAUUAGAAGAGGGCGGGGAUUCAGUAAUAGGUACUCGUAUGCCCGGAGAUAUAGAACCCCUUCGCCAGAUCGUUCUCCUGUGAGAUCAUAUCGUUACAGUGGGAGAACCAGGUAUUCCAGUUAUAGAAGGUACUCACCAAGGCGUUUCAGAAGCCCUCCAAGAGGCAGAACUCCUCCAAGGUCAUAUAGAGCGAGGAGAGGGAGAACUAGGAGCCCUUCAGUGUCACGCAGCCCUCGAUACAGGAACCGUCGCAGGUACAGCAGAAGCCGUAGCCCGAUUCGCAGCCGAAGUCGUUCUCCGGUGGUUUCAAGGUCUCGAACUUCUCCCCAUGUUACUACCAAGCCGUCAAGGUCGCCUUCAAGUAGCCGAAGCCCUAGCAGCAGUCGCAGUCGCAGCCCGAGCCCUGCAGAUUCUAGGUCUUCGUUGGCUUCACCUUCCCCAAGGCGGCAAGUAAGCAAAGACAGAUCAAGGUCGUCAUCUGGUAGCCCACCCAGUGGCAAGAAGGGGCUGGUCUCGUAUGAUGAUGGUUCCCCCGAUUCUAGCCCCAGGUGAAGUAGUUUGUCAGUGGCAGUUCAGUGAGUACAGGGCUUUAGACAUUCUCUUCUCAGCAAACGUCAACCGAUCAUUUGAUUGUACUGAAGUUGCCAUGGACUUCGUCCCUGGUGGACAAAUAGUUGCUGUUGCAUGCUGUUCCAGUUUGAGGCUGUGGAGGCCGAGUUUCACAUGCUCCUAUCUCAAUUGGAUCGACAAGGUGAAUGUGUAUGCUUUCAGGCGAAGCAAGAACUUGAUUAUGAGAAGAGUACUGCAAGAGUAGGUGGUGUAGAGAUUCAACCACCCUUAGAUAGCUUUGGUAACCCGUUCGGCAGAGGGGUUUUUGAGGAUUUCAGACUUUUCAGUUUCAGAGCCUUUUAGUGUUGUCCAUCUGCCUUGGGAGUGCUCAUUUAUAUCCAUGUUUUAGGCCGCCGGCUGUGUCAUUUGCUGUGUUAUUGGGAGGAGUAUUUACUGUUGCCUUGACCCCAAUUAGGCACUCUGGGAUUUUAGGUUCAUGCUGGUUUGCUUUUUAACUUCAGUUGUGGAUCUCCACUUCUAGUUCGUACUUUAUGUGUUUGUUAAUUGUUAUGCUCCUUUACUAUGUUUUCGAUGAACG